CGCCGAAUGUUUCCGGCGGGAUCGCUGCUUCCGUCCAUCUUUCUUUCUCCACAUACUGUCGCGAGAUCAGGAUGUCGUCCCACUUGGUUUGGAGUAUUAUCCGCAACAAUAAUGCCUUCUUAUCGAAGAAGCGCAACAUUGACAAACCAUUCAGUACUGAGCAAGGUAACUUGGUAAACCUAAACUCAUACAGAUUCAAUGGUUUGGUACACAAGAAAUCAGUUGCCAUUGUGGAUGGACCCAAGAAGAAGGGUUUCACUGUCAUCUACAAGAAGGCCUCCAAGCAAAAGAAGCCAAGACAGAGCACUGUCAAGAGGACAAUGAAGAGUGGACCAAGGAGGUCUCUGUUCAAACUGAAACGCUUGUUGAACAAGAACAAGUACCGCACGGACUUGACACAGGCCGCUUUGCGCAGAGCCAGCGCGGUGUUGAGAUCGCAGAAGCCUAUUGUUACUAAGAAAGUAACCAAGCCCAAGAAGGCAGAGUAAAUGUUUUGUAUCAUCAAUAAGUAAAUAAAUCAAAAAAAUUCAA